AUGAGCCUUUUUGGGAAAAUUUUUGGUGGUAAGAAGCAAGAAGCACCGACAAAUCCGCAAGACGCAAUCCAGAAACUUCGCGAAACCGAAGAAAUGCUCAUGAAAAAGCAGGAUUUUUUAGAAAAAAAAGUCGCAGAUGAAAAAAAUAACGCCAUAAAAUACGGAACAAAAAAUAAACGACUCGCUCUUCAAGCUUUGAACCGAAAACGUCAAUUUGAAAAACAACUAAACCAUAUUGAUGGAGUAUUAAACACUAUUGAAUUUCAAAGAGAAGCUCUUGAGAAUGCUUCCACAAACGCUGAAGUUUUAAAUGUUAUGGGUCAAGCCAGCAAGGCUCUAAAGACUGCUCACAAUAAUAUGGAUAUAGAUCAGGUUCAUGAUUUAAUGGAAGAUAUUGCUGAGCAACAAGAGGUCGCCAAUGAAAUUGCUGACGCAAUUUCAAACCCUGUCGGUUUUCAUACAGGAAUCGACGAGGAUGACUUGAUGAAAGAGCUUGAAGAGCUUGAGCAAGAGGAGCUUGAUAAACAAUUGCUCGAUGCUAAUCCAGCACCUGUUUCGCUUCCUGACAUCCCUAACGUUGCGAUUCCUGCUGUGCCCGCUAAGAAAACUGCCGCCGCCGAUAAAGAUCUCGAGGAUCUUGAAAGCUGGGCCAAUGCUUAA